GUCUUCCCACCCACUCACAUCCAGGAAAAGCCAAACAGCACCCAACAAUAAUGGGAAUUGAAUUUCUUUGGCUCUAUCAUCUAUACACAAAGCAAACCAACAAAGGCCUGAGAAGGAAACUAAAAGCAUAUAGAUAGAUAUAGACCACAUCUCUAACAAAAUAUACACUGAUAGUCUAUAUAUAUAUAUAGUCAUAUUGAUAUAGAUAUGGCUUCCCAGUCCCAAUCCCAGCCACCACCGUCACCUCCGUCAAAGACAGCGGCCUUGGAUCCUACCCUUCAUGAAUUUGGGUUCGAGAUUGAAGAGGUAACCCCCAAAAAGGUCUCCGGUCACCUCCAUGUCACCCAAAAGUGCUGUCAGCCUUUCAAGGUGUUGCAUGGAGGGGUAUUAGCUCUCAUAGCUGAGGCUCUGGCUAGCAUGGGAGCCCACCUAGCAUCUGGUUUACAAAGGGUGGCUGGGAUUCACCUCAGCAUCAACCAUUUGAAGCGUGCUGAGCUUGGUGACCAUAUCUUUGCUGAAGCCACGCCUGUCAAUCUUGGCAAAACCAUUCAGGUUUGGGAGGUGUGGCUGUGGAAGAUUGAUCCUUCAAACUCAAGCAUCAAAUCCUUAGUAUCAUCAUCAAGAGUUACUCUUUUAUGCAACAUGGCAGUGCCAGAGCAUGCAAAAGAUGCCGGUGAAGCUCUCAAGAAGUAUGCCAAAUUAUAAGUUUUCUUGUACCCUAUUCAUCUUCAACUAUUUUUGUUGUUGAAAUCAAUGGAGAAAUAAAAAACGCUUUCAUUUAA